UGGAGUACACCUCAACAGCAAAGGAGUCAGAUGUGCGUGAGGGAGACAACUCCAAUAAUAUUUCGUCAAUACUUCGAAGAUCGAUUCGUCUCCCUCUUGAGUAUACUGGCAGCAGAAGAAUCAAUUAAGUCUAGAAUAUUAGCUCGCACGCUCCUCUGUAAGUGCUAUGCGGGACUUUCGCAGGUUGGAAAAGCCUUCGUGCGCCAAAUAUAUUAUCGUCUGUCUAUGGAUGAAAGUGUUGCCGUGAGGGAAAAUGCAGCCAGAAAACUGGAUGAGUUCUCAACAGUGGUGGAUUUAAGCCACUUCGAAGUCGAUAUUAUACCCCUAUUUCGUAUGCUGCAGAAGGACGAAGAGGUAAUAAUACGUCUGGGAGCUGCUGAAUCGUUAGUGAAUAUUUUGAUGUACCAGCGCGUUUCUGACGAACUCUGCAAGGAGCUGCUUUCAGAGUUGCAGAAGUAUAUUAAUGAUCCGUCUUCGAGUGUUCGUUACCUGAUCGUCAUCAAAAUUGUCGAGGUUUUAAGAGGUCUACAGGAAGGCACGUUGAAGUCAAAUCUUCUCCAAAUACAUCAUGAUUUACUGAAGACUCUGACAUAGGAAGAUGGAAGCAGCAACACAUCAGUACCAGUUUUUUUUAAGUUUGAUCAUCUCAAAAUAAUUGAAGAUUUUUUGAAGGACUCUGAAAAUUAAGAACGGUUAGAUGCAGGCCAUCAAUUACGACCAGUUUAAGUCUAAUUUUUCUCAAAAUUCUUCAAGAUUUGUUGUAGGACUCUAGCGGUAUAAAGAGGGACAGCUGAAGCACAUCAUCUGCAAGUGUUUUAAGUGUGGUGUUCGCAAAUACUAGAGUUUCUGAAGGGCUAUGGGAAUAAGAGCCGGGCAGCUGCACCAUAUUAAUUGCAAGGCUUCUGCAGUGAUCUUGAAAUGGAAGACAUACUCAGUGGUACUUUUGGUGGACCCAAAUUAAAUUGUUAGUGUGACGAAUGUGUCUGGUCAUCUAAAUCUGAAGCAAUAAAGUACAGUGUUACUGUU